GGGAAGGAAAGAGGAGAAAGCGACGGGAGAAGCAUGCGAGGUCCGUCAAUCGAACGGAGUCAGCGGAAGGAACCUUUAAUAUUCACCGAUUUGGAUCAAGCAAUUUUGGCGGUACGAGAAUUGCAGCGCGAGAGACGAUGCAGAGCAUUGCGGACCCGGAGGAGAAUCUAUACGAGGAACAUCUUCAGCAGCCAGUCUGCGAAAGAGCCUCGAAGUUCGACCUUACUGUUUCAUUCCAGCAAUCAGCGCUGUGCUCUACGAGCUGUGCUAUGAGCCCGUGCGAUUUCUCUCCCGUGUUUUAUAAUUUGAGACUGAGAGGAGAGGGAAGGAGAGCUUAGGGGAAGGAAGGGAGGAAGAGCGAGAGAAGUUGGCGAUGGCGAAUGCAAUGUAUGAUGAUGAUUUCGAUUUUGGAGGUGAUGAUGGAGAGGACAGUAAACUUACAGGUGGGAAACGGAGCUACGGAGAGCUUGAAGACGAUGAUGACGAAAUAUAUCCCGCCAAGAAAAUGUAUGCCAGUUCUGUUGUUGCAAAUGAUCAUGCAACUACAACCAUACUCAACCUACGUGCAAGCUUGGAGGAACGAGAAAGUACGAUUGCUGGUUUACAGAAAGAACUCGAUGCGGCGAAUGCAGAUCUGGAACGCUGGCACAACACCUUCCAAAUAGAGUCGGUUGUGCCUUUAGGGACAACUCCUGAGCCAGAUGUUGUGCUGGCCGCGUUGCAGAAAGUGCGCACGUCUGAAGGAGCCUUAAAAGAACAGCUGCUGAGCUCAAAGCGAAGGGAAAGUGCCAUGCUUGUGAAGCUAGCGGGGAGGGAACAAGAGAUUGUUGAUCUGAAGUCUCUGGUCAAUGACUUGAAACUCAUGCUGAAGCCUCCAAUGCUACAGACUCGCCGCCUGUUAUUGGAUCCAGCUAUUCAUGCGGAGUUUACGAGGAUGAAGAAAGAGCUUGAAGCGGCUGAGAAGAGGGUGAAGGAGCUGCAGGAUGACCUCGCUGCCGUGCAGUUUACUCCUCACAGCAAGAAUGGUAAAAUGCUGAUGGCGAAGUGCCGCACAUUGCAAGAAGAGAAUGAGGAGAUAGGACGAGAGGCUUCUGAAGGAAAGAUGCAUGAACUCGGCACAAAGCUUGCAAUGCAAAAAACUUUGAACAACGAGUUGAGACGUGGAUACCAAGAGCUCUUUGAGUACGUGGAGGAUUUGAAUGAUGAAGUGGAGCGUUCUCAGCAAACUAUAUAUAUUCUACAAAGACAGCUGCAGCAAAAGGAAAACCAAGUGCAGCAAAAGCACAAUCAACUUCUGGAGCAGCGCAAGAGAGCCGAUCUUCGGGACACAAGUAUGAAGAGUAGAGAGGAAGAAAGAGUGCAGUAUCUCCUGGAAACCAAAAGGGAUGGCUACAUGGAAGAAGACAAACUGACUGGAGACUUGAAGAGAAGGUAGAUCAACCGCAGAUGGUUUGUUGAGCGUCAGCGACUGAAUAGGGAAGACUAUCUUUUGAUAGUGUUAUGAAGGUUGAGCAGCUGGAAGGCAUUCGCCUGACGUAACGUUCAGCAACCUGAGACAUCUGGUAUGACGUCAUUGUUGCCGUCGGUAUUACUGCUCAGUUCCAAACAUAUAUGGCUCUCUUUGCUCGAUCAAGCAAAUUGGUGGUUCAACACUGGAUCUAUAAGGUUUUUGGCGAAGGCAGCUGUUCAGAGCCGUUUGGCAAGCAAGGCUCACCCGUACGCUUGUCAUAUCCGUGGACGUGUUUCGUUUCUCUGUAGCUCUGUAAUGAAACUCAGUGCCUUCCUUACAAGUGACUGGGUCAAACAUGGGCUGUAAAGGUCUGGAGCCACUAAGAGCAAAGAUCUCAUCUUGGUGAAAGGUGGUCAAGGUUCUACAAGCCUUACGAAGCUGUACGGUGCGCAGCAUUGACCACGAUCUACGGACUAUCCCAAAUCAGAUUGGAGGAAGGUCCUACUGUUGGGAAUGUGAUAAAGCAUUACACGUCCUUUCAAGGUGUAUCUGCAAGCCGUGACAGAUGGCAGUUAGGUCUUAGGGCCUAGGCUGGAAAUUCCUUACAGUUGGAAAUCGUGUACCUGUGUGGAUCUCGUAUUUCCAAUCAUCAUACCUGGACAAGUGGUCUUCUCAAUUUCAGUGAUGGUGGGCUAAAGUCAGUGCCUUUGAGAUACGUUGCAACACUGGAGGACUCGAGUUCCAUUACUGCGUAAAGAUUUCAUUUGACAUCGAUCUUCACUUGCUUUCUGCGGAGUACGUAGAAAAGUUUUGCCAAUUCGCAAAACCGUGUGGACAAAGUCCCCGAAGGUUUUCCGAUGUUAGCGUCCAUCCGUGAUUCGGUGACUCAUAUUGACAUGUCUGCUGAUUUCCACAGGAUUUCUACUUAUGAGUGUCCAUAUUAAAUGAAUAGGACUAAUAGAACCUUUGGAUCUGGCAUAUGUCCAUGGU